UGUGGAUUCUACGAUGUAUUAGGCACCGUUCGAAGAGGAGGAAAUGGGAGGAAGAAAGAGAAGGGGGUGCAAAGAGGGAGGAGGAGGAGGAAAACAGAAAGAAGGGGGCAGAUAAGGAGGAAGGGCAGGAAAGUAGGAGGGAGCUGAAGAGGCGGCCGCCCACCCCCCUUGCAGCCCGCUCCGGCCGGAUGCGCGGGGCCGGUCCUUCUGAGAGUGGCCAGGCUGCCCACCUGGAGCAGCACAGAAGAGGACGUUGGGAGGAAGAGUCGGGAAGAUGAGGAGGAAGCCGGACCACGGAGAAGCGAGGUGGGGGGAUGGGGGAGGAGGGGAGGAACCAGGUAAAGGAGUUCCCCCGGCCUAGACCUCCUAACCUUCUUCUCCCCACCCCCCCAUAAGCGCAUGUAGCGGGAGAACUACAAUUCCCAGAAGAUCUUGCGCACUUUCUAGCUAAGGGAUAGAAGGCUAAGGAGCUGGCAGAGAAUGCGCAGGCGCAGAACUCUUUCUUGCCUUCCCACCCAAGGACGCCAGCCUACAUCUCCCAGAAAGCUUUGCGUAUCCAAAAAGAGUCCCUUUCAGCGGGGGGAGUGGAGCCUCUGCCGUCUUUCGUCACUUCCACUCCCGCGGCUCCUCCCUCCAUCGACGGAACUCAGCUCGGGGUCCCUGUGUCCCGGGCUGCCGUGAGUGGGGGCGGGAGCGCGGCCUGCCGAGGGAGCGCCGAAGGGAAAAGGGGACAUUGGUAAGCCUCGGGCUGGUGGAGCGGGAGGCCGCCAGCGCGGAGAGGGCCGCGACUGCGCGGUGGCUUCUGGGCGCUGGGCCUAGGCCCGCCCCGCCCCCUCCGCGGGCCCGCCCUCUCAUUGGUCCCCCUAGCAGGGCCCGGCGCAGGAGCCAAUCAGCGUCGGAAGAGGACGUCAUGGCCCCCAUCUCACACCUGAGAGGCAAGUCUCACCAGGGCUCCGUGAACUUCCAGGACGUGGCCGUGAACUUCACGGCUGAGGAGUGGGGGCACCUGCGCCCUGCCCAGAAGGAGUUGUACCGGGAGGUGAUGCUGGAGAUCUACGGGCACCUGGUGUGCCUGGGUGAGGAUUCGGGUGCCCCGGGGAGGGUCCCCGCCCCAGCCCCCCUGGCUCCCGCUGCCCUCUCCCCUCCUCCUCCCAGCCCUGGACAGCUGUCAGCAGAGGGCAAGCACCCAGGAGAUGAAGACUUCCCCCUCGUGCCCAUCCUAUCCCCAUCCCAGCCCUCCGUGCCCUCUGAGGGGGAUCUCCUCAACUCGCUCCCAUUCCCCCGAGCAGGACUUGCGGCAUCCAAACCCGAUGUGAUCCAGCAGCUGGAACAAAGGCAAGCUCCCUGGAGGUCCGGGGAAGGCUCCUCCCGAAGCAGCCCUCCCGAUUGGGAAACUAGACUUGAAAACAAAGAGUUGGGUUCAACACUGGGCAUAUUUAUGGAAGACUCUUCCCGGAGAAAACUCAGAAUGGAGAGUCCUUGUGUCUUAAAGUUGAAAGAACCCUGGGAUUGUGAUUCCAAUCUAAAGAAUCUACAAAAUCGUGAGAAACCUCGCAGAGUAAAAAUCAUUUAUAGGAAAUGUCCCAGUAAAGUGAAAAGUCGUGAAUAUAAUAAGAAUGGCAGAAGUUCUGAUGUAGAAUCAAAACUUUCAGAAUCAAUCAUUCCUGAGGAUAAGAAGAAUGGGAAAUCACUUAGUAAUCGUUCAGAACGUAUUAAUAAUCAUAGAUUACAGACUGAAGAGAAACCUUAUGCAUGUAAUGAAUGUGGGAAAACUUUCCUUUGGUCAACAGAACUUAGCCACCAUCAAAAAAUUCAUACUGAAGAGAAACCUUUUGAAUGCAAAGGUUGUGGGAAGGCCUUCCGCUGGAAUUCACAACUCAUUCUACAUGAGGGAAUCCAUAGUGGAGAGAAACCUUUUGAAUGUGAAGAAUGUGGAAAGGCCUUUCGUCUGAGGUCACAGCUUACAUUACACCAGCGAAUCCACACUGGAGAGAAACCUUUUGAAUGCAACAAAUGUGGGAAAGCAUACAGACUUAGCUCACAACUUACUCUACACCAGAGAAUUCAUACAGGAGAGAAGCCUUAUAAAUGUAAAGUAUGUGGGAAGGCAUUUCACCUGAGUGGACGGCUUACUGUACACCAGAGAAUUCAUACUGGAGAGAAACCGUAUGGAUGUAAUGAAUGUGGAAAGGCCUUCCUCAUGAGGUCACAGCUUAUUGCACACCAGAGAAUUCACACUGGAGAGAAACCUUAUGAGUGCAACGAAUGUGGGAAGGUCUUUCGCCUGAGUGGACAACUUACUGUACACCAAAGAAUUCAUACUGGAGAGAAACCUUGUGAAUGUAAAGAAUGUGGGAAGUCCUUCCGUCUUCAGUCACAGCUUACUGUCCACCAGAGAAUCCACACUGGGGAGAAACCUUACGAAUGUAAUGAAUGUGGGAGAGCCUUCCGUCGGAACUUAGAACUUACUUUACACCAGAUCCUUCAUACUGGAGAAAAACCUUUUAAAUGUGAUGAAUGUGGAAAGGCCUUUGGCCACAGGACAAAACUUACUGUCCAUCAGAGAAUUCAUACUGGAGAGAAACGUUAUGAGUGUAAUGAAUGUGGGAAGGCCUUUUACCAGAGUGGACAGCUUAUUUUACACCAGAGAAUUCAUACUGGAGAGAAACCUUGUGAAUGUAAAGAAUGUGGAAAGGCCUUCCGUCUGCAGUCACAGCUUACCGUCCACCAGAGAAUCCAUACUGGGGAGAAACCUUUUGAAUGUAACGAGUGUGGGAAGUGCUUUCAGUGGAGGUCUCUAAUUAUAGUACAUCAGAGGAUUCAUACUGGAGAGAAGCCUUUUGAAUGUAAUGAAUGUGGAAAAGCCUUCCGCCUCCAGUCACAGCUUACUUCACACCAGAGAAUUCAUACUGGAGAAAAACCAUAUGAGUGUAAUGAAUGUGGAAAGGACUUUCAGUGGAGGUCUCUGCUCGCAGUCCAUCAGAGAAUUCAUACAGGAGAGAAACCUUUUAAAUGUAAUGAAUGUGGGAAAGCCUUCCGUCUCAGUGGUCAGCUUACUUCACACCAGAAAGUUCAUACAGGAAAGGAUCCUUAUGAAUGUAAUGAAUGUGGAAAGACCUUUUGCAGGAGAUCUCAUCUCAUUGGACAUAAGAGAUAUCAUAGUAGAGAAAAACUUUAUGAAAAUGAUGGAUGGGAAAGGCCCUUUGAUGUAGUAUAGGACUUAGCUGAUCAGAGAAUUCAUAUUGGAAAGAAAACUUUUGGAUAUAAUUAAUGUGGAAAGACUAUUUUGUAUGAGCUCUUAGCUUUGUCACUAUCAGGUAAUUCAUACAAGAAAGGAUUGUAAUGAGUGUGAGAAGUCCUACCGGAGAGCCCAUCUUGUUGUAUAUCAAAGAAUUUAUAAUGAAGAAACCAUAAAAAUGAAAUGAAUGUGAGGAAGACUUAGAGUACAAACUUUUCUCAUCAACAAAUGAUACAUAGAAAUAAAUGUGGGAAGACUUUCCACCUAAAAAGAUAGCUUGCUGGCUAUCAGAGAACUAUAUUUCAUCAAAAAUUUAGAAGAGUAAUAUACAUACACUUUUUUUUGAACAUGAUGUUUACUGGACAUCAGAGAAUUCAUUCUGGAGAUAAACUUUACAGAUGUGAUAAAUGUGGGAUUGUGCCUUCCUUUGGAACAUAUAGUUUAAUCAUCAAAGAAAAGAAAUUGGUAAUAAUGAAGGGGAAAAUAUCUUUCAGUGUAUCCACCUUACUCAGGCUUUUCAUACAUAUGAGAAAAACCACAUGAAUAAUGAAUAUAAAACAUCCUUCAGCCAGUAUAUCAGUUUAAAAUGUGAGCAGUCCUAUAAUCUGUCAGUUUCCAGGAAUGAGAAGGCAAUAGUCAUUUUACAUUGUGCCCUGGUAGGACCAGAUGUGGAGUAUUGGCUCCUGCUUGGGGCAUAACGAUUUAAGAAGGAUGGUGAAAAAUAUUUGAAAUACAGCAAUCUGAUCCUAAGCCAAUACUUGAAUGAGACACAGUAAAAAAGUGAGGGUGGUUAACAUGGAGAAGAGAAGAUUUGUAGCAUGUUAGCUAUAUAGAAGAGGGAUUGCAUUUGUUCUAUUUAACUCCAGAGGGACAUAUCCAGGAAAAAAAACAAAACUGAAAUUUGCAAAGACACAAGAUGUAGAAUAGCAAGAGAAUUAAUGAAAAGAAAUAGGAACAAGGAGGAAUAUAGCACCUCAGGCUACAAACUGUAUUAUAUAAAUACCAAUCAUUAAAAGUAUCUUGUAAACAGCAAAAAAACAAAAACCACGGACAAGGGAAGAAUUUAUGAUGAAAAAGCAUUAUAGGAAGUAAAAUGGAUAAUUUUGAUUAUAUUAAAUUGGAACGGGUUUACACAAACAAAUCCAAUGCAAUCAUAAUUAGAAAGAAAGCACAAAACUGGGAAAAUAUUUUUAAUAGCAAGUUUCUCUGAUAGAAGCUACAUUUCUCAAAUAUACAGGAAACUAACUCACAUCUGUAAGAAUAUAAAUCAUUUCCCAGUUUAUUCUUGUUAUUUGUCUUUUGUUCUCAAAGAAGACCAAUGACGUCAUGAGGAUGAUGUUUUGCCUUGCUCACAGAUUGAAUUUAAGUGAGGCAGAGAUGUGCAAAGUCAUCGGCCUCACUCAUCCAGAGACAUUGGAGUUCAGGGACAAGAAGAGAGUCAGAGUGACUGGUUGCCGCUUUAGGAUGUAGUGGGUGACUUUGGCCUUUUCAAAUUAAGGUCUUUCCCAAAUCUGUUUGCUGCAAUUGAGAAAUGGCCAAAAAAUACAUGUUCAGAAGAAGAAAUACCUAUAGUCACAUGAAAAAACAUUUUAAAUUGCUAUUGAUUAGGGAAAUUCAAAUUAGAAGAACUCUGAGCUACCAUUUCGCAUAUGUCAGGUUAGCUAAUAUAAUAGGACAAUGACAAAUGCUGGCAAUGUGGUAAAAAUGGGGACACUAUGCAUUGCUGGGAUUGUGAACUGAUCCAAGCAUUCUGGAGAGCAGUUUGGAACUAUGCCCAAAAGGUUAUAAAAUUGUGCAUACCCUUUGACCCAGCAAUACCAGUACCAGGUAUGUAUCCCAAAGAGAUAAAAGGAAAAGGACUUAUAUGUACAAAAAUAUUUAUUCCAGUUCUUUUUGUGGUGGCAAAGAAUUGGAAAUUGGGGGCAUGCUCAUCAAUUAGGAAAUGGCUAAACAAGUUGUGGUAUAUAACUGUGAUGGAUUCCUAUGAGCAGGACGGUUUCAGAAAAAAUCGGAAAGACGUGAACUGAUGCAAAGUGAAGUGAACUGAACCAGGAGAACCAUUGUACAUAGUAAUAGCAACGUUAUGGAAUGAAGAAUUGGAAUGACUUAGUUAUUCUCAGCAAUACAAUGAGCGAUAAUUUUGAAGUUCUUAUUAUGAAAAAUGCUGUGCACCUCAGAGAAAGAAGUGGUGAAGUUUGAAAACUUAAAAAAAAAAGAAAAUCCCCACAAACUUCAUCUUUCUUGAAGGGGUGUGGGGGAGGGGGAGAGGAAAAUCUGUUUUCUUUUGCAACAUGGCUAAUAUGGAAGUGUGUUUUGCAUGACUACACAUGUAUAAUCUAUAUCAAAUUGCUUGCUUUCUCAAGGUAGGGGUAAGGGAGGGAUAGAGAGAAUUGGGAACUCAGAAUUUUAAAAAAGUGUUAAAAAUUGUUUUUACCUGUAAUUGAAAAAUAUUUUAAAAAUUAAAAUAGAUCAAUGAAAUGGGUUAAACAACGGAGACUCAGACACUAGCACUCAGUAACCCUAUGUUCAAUAAACUUGAAAAUAAAUUGUACUUAAGAACUUUGAUUAAAAUUAGGAAAACUAGAAAGCAAUCUGGCAGAAAUUAGAGAAAUACCUUACAUGAUAUCUCACUACAUAUUCCAAAAGAAUACUUGACCUUAAUAUUAAAAAUCAAUACCAUGAAAUUAUUAAAGAGAAACAAAUCAUAUGCCUUUCCUAGCUAUGGUUAGGCCAUGCAUUGUCCAAAUAAGGGACAGGAAUGAUUAUAAAAGCCAAAAUAUAUAACUGAUUACAUGAAACUGAUUACAUGGCACAAACAAAAUUAAUGUACCCAGGAUAAAGGAAGUGGUUAAAUGGGAAUAAAUCUUUAUAUCAAAAUUUC